CUCAGGAUUGCUAGGAAUAGGAAGACGGGGAAAUUGAAGCAUUUUGGAUUCAUCGAGUUUAUGUCUCCUGAGGUUGCCAAAGUUGUUGAAGAAUGUAUGCAUAACUAUCUAAUGUACGAGCACCUCCUCCAAGUUAGCAUUGUUCCUCCUGAGAAAGUUCAUCCAAGAUUAUGGAAAGGCGUGGGCCGCUCUUACAAGCCAGUGGACAGGGUUCUCAUUGAGAGGAAGCACCAUGACAAGGAACGGACCCUAGAGCAGCAGCAGAAAUUAGUUACUGGCGUGCUGAAACGGGACCAAAAGAGAAGAAAGCGCAUUGAGGCAGCUGGUAUUGAUUAUGAGUGCCCAGAAAUGGUGGGCUGUGUGCAGGCUGCUCCAAAGAAGAUUAGAUUCACAGACUGAGGAGGAAUUCUGUUGAUCUUUAUAUUAAUACUAAAACAAUGGGAGCCAAAAUUUUAUUUUCCUUGUAUUAAAUGUUGAAUCUCAUAUCUCAAUCUUCAAAGUCUAUUGAGCUUCUUUUGGGUUA